AUGUUUGAAACCGGUUGGAAUUUAGGAAAAGUGAAACCUCAAAAAACAACAACAAAUGAUAAACGUAAUAAAAAAAGAACGCAAGAACAAGUGGCAUAUACAGAAAAGAAGAAACGUAAACUGAAUAAUAUUUCAAAAAUAAGUAAGAAUCAAGAGCCAAACCAGUUAGAUAAGAAUAAGCCGAAAAAAUAUGCACAAUCUAUAAAAGAUGAAAAAUUGAAAGAACAUCAUCAAAUUGGACAAAAUAAGCAAAUGAUUAUUUCUAAAAAAUCGAAAUCAAAGAAUACACAUAGUCCUUUCGCAGAUGCUGAUGAUUUCGAUAACUCUGAAGAAAGCGCUAAAGAAGUAUUAUUAAACCCCGAAAAAUUAAAAAAUGGUAAAUUAGAAAAAAUGAGAAAGAAAUUAUCUGAGGGUAAAUUUCGUUGGAUAAAUGAACAAUUAUACACAAUAACUGGAUCAAAGGCUUUAGAAAUGUUUCAGGAGAACCCACAAUUAUUUGAUGAGUAUCAUGAUGGAUUUAGGUCAGUUGUUGAAUCGUGGCCAGUUAAUCCUGUUGAUUUAAUAUUGUUAUAUUUGAAGCAGAAGUCAGAAGAAAUAAUUGUUGCAGAUUUGGGUUGUGGUGAAGGUAAGAUAGGAUUGGAAUCACCAAAUAAAGUGCUAUCAUUCGAUUUGGUUGCUAAACACGAUAAAGUGAUCGUGUGCGAUAUUGCCAAGCUACCGAUUCCUGACAGUUUCUUUGAUAUUGUGAUAUUUUGUUUAUCGCUUAUGGGAACCAAUUAUGUUGAGUUUCUCAAAGAAGCAUAUCGUGUAUUGAAACCAAGUGGUGAAUUGAAAAUUGCUGAGGUUGUAAGUCGAUUCUCUGAUAUUAAUAAAUUUAUUGAAGUUCUCGCAGAGAUCGGAUUUAAAUUAAUGAAGAAGGAUAAUUCAAAUAAGAUGUUUAUUAUGUUUGAUUUCGCCAAGAAAAAAUCUAACAAGACAAAAAAGUUGCAAUCACACCAUGCUGCAGAAUUAUUAAAGCCAUGUGUUUAUAAGAGACGUUGA